GUUAGCUUCUUCACUUGAGAAACAACGAAGCCGCGGAGCGAACAGUCGGAGAAAGAGCCUGGAGCGGUGAGCGAGCGCGGCGGAGAGUGAAGUGGAAGAAGGCGGAGGAGGAUGAAGUCCGUAAGCGAAUCGCCGUCGAAGAGAAUCUCUCUCUCUCUGGGACUUUGUGAAGAGAGUGAAAAAGUUAGUUAGAGUCGCGGACUUUAUAGGACCCGCAAAAAGUUUGUUACUCGUUGCGCGGACUUCUAAUUAACCUUUAAUCUGGUUUUAGCGGACUUUGAAAUCCGAUACAUCUGUUGUGGAUUUACCUCUAAUUAUAUAUCAUAACUGCUAAAGUAUUCUUCAAAUACAUCAUUAGAUAAUGGAGGGAAAAAUAAUUACAAUAAGAUUUCAAAUAUCAACAUUAAUCCUGGCCUGGCAUCUUUCAGUUCUAAAUUAUAAUCACUCGUAUCACAUUUAAAUUUAUAAUAAUUAUUUGUAGUAUAUAUCUCUGAUACAAUUAGAUUUAACAGUCUAUUGGACUCAGCAAAAAAAGAAUAAAUUAGAUGAUAUUCUCUAUGUUUCAUAUUAAGUGUCAUAUUAAUGAAUUGCUAUUUUAUAUUUUUGUGUAUUAUUUUAAAAAUAAAAACAUGUUUUACUGUUAUCUUAAAAUAUUUCUCUCUUUCUAAGUUUUAGUGAAAAUAUCUUAUAAAAUUGAGCAAAAAUGGAUAAAAGUUUUCCAAGUUAAAAUACUAAAUAAAAUAGAAAAGUAUGAGAGAAGAGAAGAAGGGAAAAAAAGAGAGACGUCUCGUUAUAAGGAGACUCUUCCACUAAGUUUAGGUACUACUUCUACACUUGUAAUUAUUAUCUGAUUAGUUUGGUUUCAUAAUAUUUAAAUUUUUUGUUGAAACAAUAAAUUUUACUAAUAUUAUAUACAUUAGGUACUUGGAUGAGAGAUUAUGUUGCUGCUAAGAGCAUCAGCAUUGAAGGAUUAUAGCAAAAGUUUACACAGUUUUCCACAAAAAAAAAUAUUAAAAUAUUUCAAUAGUGUUGAAUCCGUGUCGUGCGAGGUCGCUGAGAAGACCCCGUAUCAUAACUGUUAUGCGGGUCCUACGCCACGCGGUGGCCCGCAAUUGGAUGAAUAUUAAUUUUUUUUUUAAAAUAAAACGAAAAACGAAAUUAAAAUAGUAAUAAUAGGAGCAUUGGGAAUAGAGAAGUGAGGUUUACCAAUGCUGAUGGUCUAAUCUAACCUAUACUAAAAGUGUUAUAUGAGCAUCAGUGAAGCUAUCCACGUAGGACAAUUAAAUCAGCCAAUAAAAAAUAAUUAUUUUGCCACGUCAUAUCAGUUCAAAUCGAAAUGCAUAAAAACAGGCUUCUUCAUGUGGGUUUAUAAUAUUAAGGAUUGGCCCAGAUCGAGCCCACCUCUCAAAUGAAAUGUUGAUCGUUUCUUUCAUACGGACUCCGUCUUCUCCGUUUCCUACACCAGUAAAUCUCCAUUAGUCUCUUCAACAAUCAAUUAUGUUCUUCACUCCCCUCUUAAAGAAUUCGUUUCACUUCCCUUUCUUUCUACUCCUUUAUAAACUGCUUCAUCUACACUUAUCUCAAAUAAAUCUGAAACUCUCCUAAGCUAAAGUAAUGGUGAUGAAACCCUAGACGGAAGUCUCGAGCUCUACCUCUUCGUCUUCUUCGGUUGAUACCACAGUGAUUCAGUUCGAUUGAUCCAGUUCGAGAGUUUUUUUUUUCAGGUUUGGAUUGCAAUGUUUGGGUUGAAGAAGCCUCUGGAAAGACUUUCCAAGCAUCAUAAGCCUUCUUCUUCUGCUUCUGCCUCCAAGUCGAAUCCUUUUGAUUCAGUUGAUGAAUCAGAUGGCAAUAAAAAGCACACCUUGAAGCCAUCAAACAAGAUCUCCCCUCAACCUUCCCUACCUACUACUAAGAAGAAUCACGGCUUCAACCCUUUUGACGAUGUUGACGAUGAGGAGGUGGUUGAGAAGAGAUUGAAACCUUCUUUCAAGAAUCAUUUCCGUGAAUCAGGAGGCGUGGAGAACCAGACGGUUCAAGAACUUGAGAGCUAUGCUGUGUACAAGUCCGAGGAGACCACCAAGACCGUGCCAGGGAUAAGUAGUGCAAGGGAUAAGAUUUCCUUAUCAUCAAAACAAGGAGAGAAAAUCACGAGGACUCACCACAAGGCUGUUGACAUCGAUCAUGAUCUCACUCGGGGUGAGAAACUUCUAGGAAGCCUCGGAGGCAUUUUCUCAAGGACCUGGAAGCCUAAAAAGACUCGGUCUAUAACCGGUCCUGUCAUAACUAGAGGUGAAUCCCGUAAGAGAAGAGUUAACAACUUAGAGACUAGAGAAAAGCUGGGGCUGAACCAUCUACCUAAACCAGAUUCAAGAGCCAAUGAACCUCUCCCUGAAUCCGCUGAUGCUUAUCAGAAAAUAGAGAUGGAGAAAGCAAAGCAGGACGAUGGGCUUGCAGAUCUAAGUGAUCUACUCGGCGAACUCAAGAACAUGGCUAUUGAUAUGGGAACUGAAAUCGAUUAAUUGGAAUUAAUAUAUUCUGAAUCCAUUUUGGUUGUGCUUUCUUUUAAGGGAAAUAUGGUAGAAUCAGGGAUGAGAAGGGCUGCAAUACGUUGUGGAAUCGAGAUAGCGUUUCUUAUGGAUGAGAAGUGCCACAAAACAUUGUGGAGUCGAGAUAACGUUUCUUAUUAAAAAGAGAGAGAGAGAGCGAAUGAGCCAGGUACAAGCGAUGGAGAGAAUGUGGUGGAGCUUUUGUUUAGUUUUGGUUUCUGGUCAGAGAAGUACACGCAAAGGAAGCAAACAUCGUUCUUAUUCAGGUCAUUCUUGCUCUUAAACAUUUCUCAGUUUUUGUUUUCUCAGAAAGCCACAUCUCUGCUAUAGUGUUUCCAUUUAGAUUAUCAUCACUUUCCUUAAGUAUUGACGUGAUGCUCUAUCCUCGGACUCAGGAGUCAAGUAGGGUCAUGUUCUGUAGUGAUAUAUAUUGCCUUCUCCUUACUGUUGCAGUAUUACAAAAUGAUUUGUAUAAAAGAUGAAUGCAAGUAUCUCCAUAUAGGAGACUUUUUAGGUAUAUUACUUCUGUCAAGCACAAAGAGAGGACUUUUCUGCAAUCCAAGCCUUAAAAGGACAUUUUUCAUCUUGAUGCACCUUUGAUACUUUUAUCAACACGGUGGAUUUCAUUUCGAGAUGUAUUUGUUAUACAGUUGUGCUCGAUAUGGUUUACAAAUAGAGGAUACAUAAGCUGACAAAGGAGCUGAGUGUAGAGAUACAAGUUAGCUUCUUUGAGGAGGCAAAUAAUGCACACUACAACUCAGUUUCCAUUGGAUACGUUGAUGAAGUGACCUCGGUAUUUAUAGGAAGUUGCAUCCUGAUGGGUCAGGUGAGUCAAUUAAGUUUGGAGUUGUACUGAGCUCAACUUUCUUUUGCUGAUACCUUUUAUUGAAUUCAGGUUGUUAAGAAAAUAAUUAUUUUAAUCCUGGUAACAACUGGCUUUAAGAUAGUUUUGAGUUGAAAUUUUCCAAAUUAAACUUUUUUUUACUUAAUCAUGCUAUUUGGUUAAACAUGUUUCAACAUUUCUCUGGUUUUCAAAAGGUUUUUCAGGCGAAGUUUAAAAAACUGAAGUAGUCUGCUAUAUGUUAGGAUCAACGGUUUCCCGAGGAAGCUCGAGCUAUGGUACUGAAUACUGUUUUAUCUCACUGCCAUUGGCUGUGAACUUCAAGACGAGGGAUUGGAUUCGCGUGAUCAUUGGAGUAGAGGCACGAAAAGGCAUGCUGGAGAUAAUGUGGGACAUGCGCAAUAAAUUACAUGUAUAUCCAACAGCAGCCACAGCCGCAGACCACAUACAAUUUAUCAAACGCUUCCAUCUGUGCCUUCGUCUUAACAGUCUGUGUUAGUUUUAACAAGGCCUUUUACCGGAUUCUUAUCAAUGGUUUAACAAUAGCUCUUUCGAUAAGCAAGUGAGUGCUCAAGUUCGUGGAAUGUGAAGUUUUUUAAAUAGUAUUUAGUUUUUGCUAUGUGUUUGAGUUUGUGUUUGAAAUUGUGUUUGUGUUCUGUUUAUUUUGUGCGUGUUUAAAUAGCUUGGAUAAUGCUGUGUCUUAGAUUCUGCUUUUGGAUGGUGAGAAGAUACAAAAACAGAGAUAAUUGGCUGUAUCAACCUGUUGAUCAAGCCAGACCAGAGGACUGGUCUGUUCAGUUUGAAGUAAGAGAGAGGCAGAUAGAGAGGUACAUCACCUUAAACAUUGUAUGCUCUUGGGUAACGAAUGGUCUCUCCUUGAAGCUGAAAGAUGAUCUCUUGAAGCUAAAGAACCCAUCACUAGAGUCAGUAAAAACAGAAAGUAAGUACGGAGCAUAUAAGAUAUACGAGGCUAAACCAAUCUUCUUUAAGGAAUCAUUUCACUUAUCCUGGGUUCAUGUAAUUCUCAACAGAUAUUUUAGCAAAAUCUCUUUAUCAUUGAUAUUAUAGGCUAAUCAUCAACCUUUAUGUCCUCCUGUAAGUAACAAAUAUAUUAGACACUUACAGAGUGAGUGUGGUCCUUAGCGAUAUUUUGGUUGCUUAUCAUUGUGAUCUUGAAGCAUAGACUCAUACACAUAAAUUAAGAAAUCAGAUCAACUAUGGAAAUAUGAGGAAA